GGGUGUCCUAUGGAGAGCCAAGGAGCGAAAAAAAGCCCGUUGGCACCGAUCCGUGCGGCGCACACAUUGAGCUCAGAGAGCCGGGGCUCCGUGCGCGACACGAGCGGAUCCGUGCGGGUGUUUUAACGGCAUGACGGCGGAUCGGAGGAGCUGCAGCUGAAGGAGGAGAGCCGGUAGAGACGCUCCAGCCCCGGAGAACCGAAGAGAGGAGCGGCGGACAGAGAGAGGCAGAGCGCCGGGGAAUCAUGCGGGGUCCUGCGCUCCGGCUGCUGGGUCUCGUGUGGCACGUCUCCGCGCUUUUACGCACCGCGCAAACGUACAAACUCCACCACAAACAAGAGAGCUUCAUCAGACAGCUGUCGGCGUAUGAGAUCAUCACCCCGGUGCGCUUGAACGAUUUCGGCGAGUCGUUCCCGCACCGGCUGCACUACCGCAGGAGGAGGCGCAGCGCCGACGCGGAGGUCUCGGGUUCGAGGGCUCAUUACAGGUUCGAGGCGUUCGGUCAGGCGUUUCACCUGAACCUCACGGCUGAUUCUGGAUUCAUCGCUCCGUCUUACACGGUGCUCCAUCUGGGAGAGGAGGAGAAGCGCGGAGACGCCGCGGACCUGCGCCACUGUUUCUUCAGAGGACAUGUCAAUGACCGCAAGGAGCACCACGCCGUCUUCAGCCUCUGCACUGGACUAAUCGGCACGUUUACGACACACAGCGGUCAGUUCUUCCUGGAGCCACUGCUGAGCGCUGAUGGAGACGAGUACGAGGAAGAACACAACAAACCUCACCUGGUCUACAGGAAGCAGUCACGGGACUCUCAGCCCUGCAGUGCCGCAGAUCAUGCCGACCACGAUCCCGUCGGUCUCCGUAGCAACAGAACUCUGGAAGAGGAAGUGAUGUCGAUACGGGAAACGGCUCGCUCGAAGACGGCUCUCGUUCCCGCCGGAAGCGCUUCCUGUCGUAUCCGCGCGUUCGUGGAGCUGAUGGUGACGGCCGACGUGAAGAUGGUGCGACACCACGGACCCGACCUGGAGCACUACAUCCUCACAAUCAUGUCAGUAGUGGCUUCCAUCUACAGAGACCCCAGCGUAGGAAACCUCAUCAACAUCAUGAUCGUCAAACUCAUCGUCAUACACGACGAGCAGGAAGGGCCGAAUAUAAACUUCUACGCCACGGCGACGCUUCAUAACUUCUGCGUGUGGCAGCAGACCCACAACGUCCUGGACGACGGUCACCCCGCUCAUCACGACACCGCGCUGCUCAUCACCAGGGAGGACAUCUGCCGAGCGAAGGACAAGUGUGACACGUUAGGUCUGGCGGAGCUGGGGACGAUGUGUGAUCCGUACCGAAGCUGCUCCAUCAGUGAGGAGAACGGUCUGAGCUCAUCCUUCACCAUCGCUCACGAGCUCGGACACGUGUUCAACAUGCCUCACGACGACAGCCCGAAGUGCCGCGAGGCGGGAAUCAAGCAUCAGUACCACGUCAUGGCCCCGACGCUCAACUACGACACCAGCCCCUGGUCCUGGUCCAAGUGCAGCCGCAAAUACAUCACGGAUUUCCUCGACACUGGUUAUGGUGAAUGUCUCCUGGACGAGCCUUCGGGCACGACGUAUAACCUUCCCAACCAGCUCCCGGGUCAACUCUACAACGCCAACCGGCAGUGUGAACUCAUGUUCGGCCUCGGCUCCCAAGUCUGUCCGUUCAUGAAACAGUGCAAGCGUCUCUGGUGCACCAGUGCGGAGGGCGACCACAAGGGAUGUCGUACGCAGCACAUGCCGCUCGCGGAUGGAACCGAAUGUGGCUACGGCAUGCACUGCAGGCAUGGCAUGUGUGUGAAUAAGGAGAUGGACAUGAAGCCGGUUCAUGGUGAAUGGGGCCCCUGGGGCCCGUACAGUGUGUGUUCCAGGACCUGUGGAGGAGGAACACGCAGCACAACCAGAGACUGCAAUAAACCUGAGCCGAGGAACGGAGGCCGGUUUUGUGUGGGCCGCAGGAUGAAGUUCCGCUCGUGUAACACCGAUCCGUGUCCCCGGGGCCGGAGGGACUUCAGGGAAGAGCAGUGCGCCCAGUUCGACGGGAAACACUUCAACAUCAACGGCCUGCCGCCCUCCGUCCGCUGGGUGCCCAAGUACAGCGGCAUUCUGAUGAAGGAUCGCUGUAAACUCUUCUGUCGCGUCACGGGGACGAUGGCGUACUAUCAGCUGAGGGACCGGGUCGUCGACGGGACCCCGUGUGGACCAGACACCUAUGAUAUCUGUGUGCAAGGCCUCUGCAGGCAAGCAGGUUGUGACCAUGUUUUGAACUCGAAGGCCAGAAAUGAUAAGUGUGGUGUCUGCGGAGGAGACAACUCUUCAUGCAAGACCCUCGCUGGAACCUUCAACAACGCUCAAUACGGUUAUAAUGUUGUGGUUCGGAUUCCUGCUGGCGCGACUCACAUCGAUAUAAAGCAAGUCAGCUACUCAGGAUUGCCAGAAGAUGAUAACUACCUCGCUCUGUCUGACAGUCAGUCCAACUUCCUCCUGAACGGGAACUUCGUGGUGUCCAUGUUUAAGAGGGAAAUCACCUUUAAGGGAGCAGACAUUGAGUACAGCGGAUCUAACACCACGGUCGAGCGGAUCAACUGCACUCAGAGGAUCGAGGAGGAACUCGUUCUGCAGGUUCUGUGCGUGGGAAACCUGUACAAUCCUGACGUCAGAUAUUCCUUCAGUGUUCCCAUCGAGGAGCAGAGAGAGCAGUUCGUGUGGGAUCCGUCGGGGCCCUGGCAGGAGUGCAGCCGCAUGUGUCAAGGUGAGCGGCGGCGGAAGGCCGUGUGUGUUCGGAAGAGCGAUCAUUUGGUGGUUUCUGAGCAGAGGUGUGAGAAUCUCCCUCGACCCAGAGGCGCGGUGGAGCCCUGCAAUGCUGACUGUGAUCUCAGGUGGCACGUGGCGGGCCGGAGCGACUGCUCCAGUAAAUGCGGUCCUGGUUUCCGUACGCUGGACGUGCUGUGCAUGCGCUACAGCCGGACCAAGAGACAGAGCGAGCGCAUGGAGGCCAGAGUCUGCGCAGACCUGCCCAAACCACAAACACGAGAGGCAUGUCACGGUGACUGUCUGCUCAAGAGCUGGCAGUACAGUGCCUGGUCUCAGUGUUCGAAGAGUUGUGGACAUGGUGUCCGGUCGCGUCAGGCGUACUGUAUGAAUAAUCUGGGUCGCAGGCUGGUGGAGCGAGAGUGUAGUGAGCAGCAGAGAGUCCUGAGCGAAGCCUGCAACGACGUGCCCUGUCCUGACUGGAGCGCCAGCGAGUGGAGCGAGUGUCUGGUGACCUGUGGCAAGGGCGCCAGACACCGACAGGUGCUUUGCAUUCUGGGAGAUGAGAAGCUGAAUGAGCAGCGCUGUGACCCAAAAACCAAACCCUCGUCGGUGGGCGGUUGUGAGCUUCCCGAAUGUGCGUCCUGGCAGGUCGGAGUCUGGAGUCCGUGCACGGCGAGCUGCGGUCAGGGCUAUCAGAUGCGUGCGGUCAGGUGUGUGUCGGGAGCUUACAGCGAGACGGUGGACGACAGGGACUGUAACGCAGCCGCCAGACCUCGAGACAGUCAGGACUGUGAGCUGUCAGCUUGUCCUCGCGCAGCAUCAGUGUUUAACACACCCAGGCCAGCAGAAGCGGGUCAGAGACGCACACAGUGGAGAUACGGCUCGUGGACCAGCUGCUCAGUGUCGUGUGGCGAGGGCCGGCGGGAGCGUUACGUGAGCUGUAGAGACGCUCAGGGUGGCGUCGCUGAAGAGUCGUCCUGCGCUCAUCUUCCUCGUCCUCCGGACUCCUCCGCGUGUUUCAGCGCCUGCGGUCAGUGGAGGGAAGGAGAAUGGACGCCGUGCUCGGUGUCGUGUGGCGUGGGUCGCUCCACCCGGCGGGUGCUGUGCAUGAGCUACCGUCACCAGCUGGACGAGUCGUUCUGUGACCCAGACGAGCGUCCCGGCGCCGAGCAGGAGUGUGCGGCCGCCCCCUGCCGGUCCUCCUACCACUGGCCCAACAACCAGCCCCACCUGCCCCACGCCCCCGGUCAGCACAGCUGGAACGUCCCGUCCGCAGACAACCAGUGGAGGACGGGGCCCUGGGGAGCCUGCUCCAGCUCGUGUGAAGGUGGGUUUCAGCGGCGGGUCGUGGUCUGUCAGGACACCGACGGACGCAGCACCACUUACUGUGACGAGAGAGUCAAGCCCAGCGAGUCCAAGAGCUGUGACUCGGGACCCUGUCCUCACUGGAACUACGGCGUCUGGGGCCAGUGCUCUCAGUCGUGUGGCGGUGGUCAGCGCACGCGUCUGGUGGUCUGUCAGCGUCCCAGCGGUCAGAGGCUUCACGAGCACAGCUGCGAGGUUCUGGACAGACCGGCCGAUGUGGAGCCGUGUAACGGUCAGCCCUGCUCCGCCGCUUCGUGGCACAGACGAGCGUGGAAGCCGUGCUCGGUGUCCUGCGGGACGGGAAUCAAAGAGCGGCAGGUCGUCUGCGUCGAUCACAACCAGACCCGGAUCCAGGAGCAGAGCUGUGCUCGUCUCAAAGCUCCCAGAACACAGAAGAGCUGUCGGGCCGGACCCUGCCCCUCCUGGAGGGCCAAUCAGUGGAGAGCGUGUUCGGCGAGCUGCGGCGCUGCUCUUCAGUCACGUGAGGUCUUCUGCAGGUCAAAGGGCAAAGGUCGUGUCUCAGAUGACCUGUGUGACGCUCGAGCGCGUCCCGAUCGCCUCCGCUCCUGCUUCCACAGAGACUGCCAGACGCACAGCUGGACGACACACGACUGGAAGGACUGUAACGCGAGCUGUGGCCGAGGUGUGAGGUCCAGAUCAGUGUUCUGUGUGGACGGAGAGAUGAAGAUGGCUCCGGAGAGUGUGUGUGACGCCUCUCUCAAACCUCACACACACGAGCCGUGUCACAGCGCCACCUGCCGCUACGUCUGGAUCUCCUCCGCAUGGAGCCAGUGUUCGGUGAGCUGUGGCUCUGGACUCCAGCAGAGGGCUCUGCACUGCUCUGCUGUGACCUCUGACCUCCAGACGUAUUCACCCGCGUCUCCCUCCGACUGCUCCGAGCGACCGCCGGCCAACAGCAGACCCUGUGUCCUGACCCAGUGUCCCCCUGAAGACCGCUGGAGCGCCGGGCCCUGGAGCCAGUGCUCUCAGACGUGCGGUGCCGGAGUCAUGCACAGGACGGUCCAGUGUCUCAGCGCUCAGAACGUCCCGUCUCAGAGCUGCUCGAUGUCCAGCCGGCCGGAGACACACGCCGCCUGCAGACGCUCCGACUGUGAUCUGCACGGCAGCUGUCGAGAGCUUCAGGUGAAGGGAGGUGUUCGUGAAGACGGAGAGCAUUACGUCAAAGUGCGCUCCAAGAUCCUGCAGAUCUACUGCGCCGAGAUGAACAGCGCUUUCCCCAAAGAGUACGUGACCCUGCGCAGCGGCCAGAACGACAACUACUCCGAGGUCUACGGAUACAGGCUCCUGAACCCGUUUGAAUGCCCGUAUAACGGCAGCCGGCGGCAGGACUGCGUCUGCAGGAACGACUACACCGCGGCCGGUUACACCGUCUUUCAGCGCGUACGGCUCGAUCUGUCCAGCAUGCGCAUCAUCCCGACUGAUGUGAAGUUCAGUCAGACGUUGCUGGGUCGCCCCGUGCCGUUUGCGUCCGCAGGAGACUGUUACAGCGCCACUAAAUGUCCUCAGGGUCAGUUUAGUAUAAAUCUCAGUGGAACAGGACUGAAGGUCGCAGAAUCAACUAAAUGGGUUUCCCAAGGCAACUACGUCACGGUCAAAGUUCACCGGUCAGAGGACGGGAGCAGAAUCUACGGCCGCUGCGGAGGUUUCUGCGGGAAGUGUCUUCCUCAUCCUCAUACAGGCCUUUUUGUCAAAAUCCAGUGAGAAAGACGUCCACUAAAUCAAGUCGUCCGGCAGCUAGUACGAAACGUCUCACUUCUGCACUUUCCGAAACGUACAGGAACCAAAUCACCGCGAGUCCCUUCACGAAUCAGGACGGCUCGGGGUGCAGAUUAAAUUCGUUUUUACGCAGAAACGUCGACUUUAUCCAAUGGCGUGUGAGAAUGAAUCAACAUGUGGUCAGUGGAGAUCGACCAGAAGACUCCUUCAGGACCGGUUCUGCUCACAGCGGCAUAUCUGGGGGUUCGUAGAAAAAAACUCUAAUCUUUCGUUUUGGGCAGAGUUUCGACGGAAAGGGAUGCAUUUAACAACUGUGUUUUCAUAAACAUCUGCUCUUUUUCCGGAAGCAAACGAACUACUGGAUGAGUGCUUUUUGUUUCACGUGGAGCAAAAGACUGUGACGACAGCAAUCCGCUUGAUAUGGAUUGAAGGUUUUCCUCGUUUCUUGCAUCAAAGUCUGACUUAAAAUGGGUUUGACAAUCUAGAAGAAGGUAGAAAACACUGCAAAGGAGCACUACUGAAAUCUCCUUUAGGUUAAAGGUCAGCAAAGUGAACAGACGUCCUAACUAGUCUGGUUAGUAUAUAUAUUUUAAUAAUAUCAGUUAACGGUGCUAAAUAGAGUUCAUGAAAUGAUGUUAGCAUGUGCAUUUUUCACGGUUACUAAUCGAUUUCAAAACAGCUGGGUUAAGCUGGUUUAGGUGACCGACUGUUUGACUAGUGAAGACCGCUAACCUCUAAACCUGAUUCAUCUGAAUCAGUUAUUUGACUGAUUCGGUUAACACUGAAGAUCGCUAGGAUUUGACAUCGAAUGCAUUCAUUCGAUCAAAAACGCAGUACAAAAAAAAAUCGGAAAUAUUAUUGCGAUACAAAAUAGCCGUUUUCAUGGCGAAUCCGUUAUACGAUGUAAUUUAUUCCUUUGAUGCAAAGCUGAAUUUUCAGCAUCAUUACUCCAGUCUACAGUCAGGACUCUACAUUAAAUGACGUGACCUAAUAAAGUGGGAUUAAAUAGACUAAUACGCAUCAGUUUUAUUAGAAGGGAAGCUUAAAGUAGAUCAGAUUAACCCUACCUCUCAUAAUCAUAACCACUCGUGCGUGUGAUUGUGUUCUGCCUUAUUUAUAUAUUAUUGACAGUAUUUAUUCCGUAACUAAAUGUAUAUACGUCUCGUCCUCGCGACAAGAAAAUCAUGAUAUUAUGAAAUGUUGAUUUUUUUUGCCAUUUAUCAUUCAUUAACAAGAGGUUUACAGAGUGACGGUGCUCUACUGAGCGAGCUUUAACCAGUACUAGUUAGUUUUAGACAUGUAAAUAGUGUAGGUUAAUGUAGUUUAAAUCGCUUUCAACCAAAGUCGGCUUGAUUACGCUUAACGUGUGAUAAUAUAGAUAAUAUAACUUGAAGGAUGCGGCCCGUUUUAGGUUAACUAACCGAUCCAUGGUGUUGAUAAACUGAACUCUAUGAGGUCUGUAUCAGAAAUGAAAGCACUGUAUGAUGCACUAUGUGCCGUGAUUUAACAGCUUUGUCGAUGUCUUUUUAAUAUUCAUACUUGAAGUGUUUUCCACCCGUGACCCAAAGACGGCUUCCUCCGCAGCGUCCGGUGUUUUAUUACCAAAUCUUUGGUGCUACGAGAAAAAAACGAACGAGAUGCGACUGGAAUCCGCGGCGCUGUACUAAUGCUGAUCAUCACAAUAAAAGGAAACGUGUUUA